UCAAAUCAUUAUUAACACUCCCUAAAUGCGUUAAUUAUGCAUCUAAAACUGUGCAUAUUCCUCCUCGUCGCAUAUUCACCGAUGCUGAUCUCAUCAGAGGAGAGCCAAUUUUCAAUUAACAACAACAAAGCCAUCCAAUACGUCAAUGAGAAGUUUAUCAGUUUUUCCGUGGACCCAGCCGUGUUCUUCUCCCGCCUGCCACACAGGGAUAUCCUCUUCAAAUUAAUUACGCAUCUGUCGCCGGCAUAUCUGCGCGUGGCCGGCUCGUCCACGCAGUUUUUGGAGUUCAGCGCCGACGAGCGCAAAGCGACGAAGAUAAUUAGCGAUGACUCUACCACGCUCACGUUCAGCCCGGCGAUGUGGUGGUCGCUGAAUGAGUGGAUGCAGAAAACUAAUUUCACGCCGAUUUUCGGCAUCAACGAUGACGCGUACAGCUCCGGCGAAAAAUGGGACCCGAAGCGGGUUUUACCACUUUUGGACAUGACUGCCAGGAUGAACAUUAAUUGUUGGUGGCAGAUAGGAUUUGAUUGUAGUCAAAAGGGAUUUGAGAGAUACAAAGAGGAUUUAAAGACUUUCCGAAAGAUUUUAGAUGCUUUCCCAGCGAAAAAGGAUAAGUGGCAGAUAGUUGGAAGCGAUUUGAGUAAGUGCACUCCAUCGGAUCACCCGGAGAUUCUCCGGAUGUACUUGGCCGACUUGGACGACGCCGAUACCAUCGUCUGGGAAGAAGAUGAAAGUAUUAUAUCCAACUUUCUGAGCGGAGGAGUUAUGGAAACCAUGUUAGGUUUUCAUCAGGCUACUGUCCCAAUAUGGUUGUCCACUCCUAAAAGUCAACAUCCCAUUGGGUUCGAAGAUGGCAUCAACUGGGCUGUAGAAAUUGGUGAAGCUGCCCGAAAAGGUUUUUCUGUUAUUUUCCGAGAACCACGCCUGCAGGAGUAUUAUUCAGCUACACCAGCUUACUGGGUGACAGUUCUUCACAAAUCCUUAAUGGGUCGUAAUGUUUUGGAUGUUAAAUCAACAUCGCUGACUCAAUCCACCGCUAGGAUCUACGCACAUUGUGCUAGAGAUCAAAACAGUUUCUCUGUUCGUGGUGCACUUACCAUUAUGAUAGUUAACAAUGGAACUGAAGCUCACAAAGCUGCUUUUCGCAUUCCAACGCAACUUAAAAGCGUCGAAGUGAGGUCCUAUACACUAACAUCAUCAGAAAAUACCACGGACACUUACUUAAACAACGAAAAACUUUCCUUGGAUAACUUCAAACUGCUUCCGAAACUGCGACGCGCAAAGGUUUUGACUCAUUUGAUACUCACCGCACCCGCCAAGUCGAUUUCGUUCUUCGUGCUUCCUGGCGCAAAAAUUCCAAUUUGCAUCGACAACGAAGACGACACCGCCAUGAUCCUAGAGGAAAUUGAUCGUAUCCAAGCAGUAGAUUUUACCGACAGCGGAAAAUCCGCCGAAGGAUUGCUAAGCAGAUUGAAUGCGCCGCGCGUUUCCGUUUCGCUCGCUGACUUACAUCGCAAGCUGCAGGAAGAGUUUAAGACCGACGCGUCAUUGGUUCCGAAAUUAAAACUCAAAUCACACUUACCCACAGAAGACUGGAAGCAGUUGUCGGGGAAAAUCGCCCAGAAGAUAGAACCAAAUAGUAUAACACCAAUGCCAGGAAUGCAUGGAAUUAAACAUUUUAACUUCCUGCUAGAUAAAACUAAAUCUGAUGUAAAAGCUGUGAAAAAUCUCGAUUUCAAAAACUUGCUUAAAAAAGACAACGAAAGAAAAGAUGAUAUUCUCGGGAGUGCACUAAAACCAAACUCGGAAUUGAAAACACAUUCGAAACCGACUGAUUUAGAUCUAAACUUGAACAGUGCAGAAGUAUUCAAGAUUCUAGGCGAUAGAGCUAAAGCCAAACUAGAGAAAAAAAUGGGUUUCACUGAGUUUGAGUUUGAUUUAGAUGGUAUGCUGGAAAAGGCGUUAAAAGGCAAGUUUAGGCGUGAUAUCAACAUGCGAUUAUUAGACGAAAAAGUGCACGACCAAGAACUGAAAGAACAUAAAUCGUUAUUGCCGUCAUUAAUAAAGAAAAAGAAGAAGCCAGAUACUGCAGCAGACUCUACAGAAAUUGAAGGACUUCCAGAUAUGACCAAAAUUAUACCUGGUUUUGAGAAACCCAAAGCAAAAUCAUCAUCCAUUUCCGAAACAUCUAUUUUUGGCAAUAAAGCAUUACCAAAACUGGAUUUGUUUGGUGGUAUGGAAAAACUAGACUUGCAGUCAUUGCUAUCGUUGUUGGGAAGUAAAGCAACAACAGAACAACCAACAACUUCUACAAAUAAACCACGCAAAGUUGAAUUCAUAAAGAAACCGGAUCUUUAUGAUAAACAUGAUUUUGAACGGCAGUUUCAUGUACUAGAAGAUGAUUUGAACGGUGGGUCAUUUUUUGACCAUUUCGGAGAUUCUAUUAGUGUACAUCCCAAAAAAUCGGAAGAGAAUAAGAAGCUAAGAUCCGGUUGGGAUUUUGAUGACACAGAGUUUGUUAUUCAUGAUGAUGAUGUCUCUGGUGCAAUCGAACGAUUGGAAAACUACUUCAACCACAACCCUAACAUAAGAACAAAUGAAUAUUUCGAACCAGCAUUCGAUUCAUUCGAAAAUUUCGGACGUUUCAAACGUGGAAUACGAGACUUUAUCCAUCGAAUGAGGCAGCCUAAUAACGGACGUAGUUUUCUACGGAACAAUCCCCUCAAUAUCUUCAGACGUCCAAGGGAAACCAGAGAUCAAAUAGAUGAAACCCCACACCAACCUAAUAAGAUUAUAAAAGAAUACCAACCAAAGAUGACUUUGCACGACUGGCGUCCGGAAGAUAUGCUGAAAUUACCACAGUUGCACUCUACAUACCAGGUCGACGAACACGACAAUCAGAUCUCAUUCAAGGACAUCCCACGAAGUCGCUCCUCGUUUGGUUUAGAAAACGCCGAGCGAAUCAAUAUCCGUAAAGCGCGUCGCGUUGCCGGCGAGAUCGACUCCGUCGAGAACGCCAUCGACGGCUUCUUCAACACCAUCGAAACGGGUACGAAAUUCAUCAAACCACUACUUGAUAAGGAAGGCGAGUACACGAUCGUUUUGCCAACGCGCGAGAAACUAUCACUCAUGCAUGAGGCGAACGGCGACACUGAGCUCGUGCUGCAUCGUGACGCAGCGCGAAUGAGUGUACAGACGGAACAACUCGAAAACAAAGAUAAUCAGGUCGAUGAUAGCACGUGCCCGGCAACCGAUCUCUACCCGGAGGAGACACUAAAGAAUGCGUUCGAGCAUGCCAAGCAUGACGCUUCCACUAACGAUGGCAAUGGUAAGAUUACCCCCAAGAAGACAGAUGAUGUGCAAGACGUUGGCGAGAAACGCGUGAAUCGCAGCGAGUACGUGCAGAAGAUCCCUCUCAAGUCCAAGAAAUCGAAGCAGGAGCAAGAGCAGGAAACAAGUGAUUAUAAGUACAAUUUGGGCUUCGUGACAAAGAUAGUGAAUAGUUUCAGUCGGUUUAUGAAAAAACUCCACAGCAAAAUGGACUCCAUCUUCAGCGCUGUGGAAUAA